CUCAGGUGUUUGUUUCUUUUGUCAUCUGCAGACCUGAAGAAUACACACGCAUAAUAAUUACAGGUUCAAUGCCCUUGACGUCAUUUUCAUGGUUCAGUGACUACUUGAAAAAAAAGUAUAAAAAUCACAGACCACAAGAAAUGCAGAAUGACACCAGUCCAUUUUAUCUUGGAAUAAACCAUUCUAAAAAGGCAAAGCCGUCACUUGGUACAAAAACAUGCCUAUGGGUGAAGGAAAGCUUCGCACACUGAUGAAAUCUGCAGCAGCAAAAGCCAACAUAACAGACAAAAAACUCACAAAUCAUUCUGGUCGUAGGACAGCUGUAACACGUCUUAUAGAAGAGGGCCUCCCAUUAACUGUUGUUCAACAGCAUACAGGCCAUAAAAACAUUCAAUCCCUCUUAUCAUAUCAGAAAAACAGUCUAAAGAAACAAAAAGAAAUAGCACAUGUGUUAGAUGGUGGUUCUUCCGAGUCAGUAUCAAACAGUAAAGGUCAACCAGAACAAAGAUCUGAAAGUCCAGGUGUACCAACUACAUCAGAUCAAAACAACAAUGCAGACACUUCUCAACUUAAAAAUUCAGCAAUGCUCUUUCCACAGGGAACUAUAAUAAAUGGAGGAAAUUUCAAUUUCAAUUUUGGAAAUUCUACUACUUUAAGUACUUGCCAAGAUGACAAUGCUGGCCCAAAACCCAAGCGCAGACGUGUUCAGGUUAUUGAAUCAGACAGUGACUGA